AUGCACACAACGCCGCGCAGACCCAAGGGCUUCACCGUGGACCUCUCCACGCAGCCGUUCCGUGUCGCGCACCAGAAAAUCGCGGUGGAUCUCGACCUCGCGCGCAACACGCUCGCGGGCUUUACGGAAAUCACCGUGAUCCCCACGGACCCGCACCUCAAGAACAUCAAGCUCGACUGCCGCGGGCUCGCGGUCAAAAACGUAUGGGUCAACAAUCGCAAAACGUCGUUCCGCCACGCGGACCAGCUCAACAUCUUCCGUGACGACCUCCACUUCGAGCAGCCCGCCGCGCGCGCACCCGAAACGUACACGUACUUCGGGCCCAAUUCGCGACACAUUGGCAUUCACCAGCACCAGCUCGUCAAGACGCGUCUCCACUACCUCUUCCAGGAAGGCAACACCGAAGAGCUCACGGUGGUCAUGCCCGAACGGCUCAAGAUCACGCUCCGCGACUCCGCGCAGUUCAGCUCGUUGACGCCCAUGCGCGACUCACCACGCACGCCACAGACCGGCGAAUACAUAUACACGCCGCUCACCGUGAAGGUCGAGUACGCGUGCCAUAACCCCAAGACGGGGCUCAAUUUCAUCUCAGGCGAGCUCUCUGCGAGACCGCGAGCGCAGUGGCAUGCGUACACGACGAACUCGGAGUACAACAUUGCGACAUCGUCAUGGGUGCCGUGUGUGGACAAUCUCUGGGAGCGAUGCACAUGGCUGGUGGAAAUUGCUAUUCCAAGGACGGUUAUGGAUAUCGGUACGAGCGCGCGCGCCAGCGAAACGAGUGCGAAUAUUAGCCGAGGGGAUCGGGCAAGUGCGCGCUCGCACGCUCGUGGCAGCGCCCGCACAGCCUCGGAGGAAGCGGCGACCCUCACCUCUGACGAGGUUUUAGAGGUUUCCGACGAAGACGACAACUGGGAACUCAUCCUCUGUUGCGGCGAUCACCACGCCAAGGAAACCCCCCACGCGGACCUCUCUAAAAAGCUCGUCAGUUGGCAGCUCUUCAGCCCCGUCGCCGCGCACCACGUGGGCUGGGCUGUCGGCCCGUUCAACGCCAUCUCUUUCCCGUCCCUUAACGAGGAUGAAACCGAUGACAAAGAUGCCGGCUCGGUUCCCGCCACCAUCUACUGUCUCCCCGAGGCGAGCGAAGCAGCCCUCAACACGUGCGUGUUUAUGAGCAAGGCCAUUGACUUCUUUUCCAAGGAGUUUGGCUCGUUUCCGUUCUCAUCCUACGCGGUCUGCUUUGUAGCGGAGCCUGCGUGCGAAUCGGCCGCGUUUGCGGGGCUCUCCGUCGUCUCUGACAAGGUCCUUUACACCCCAGACCUCCUCGAGCCGAUGUUUCCCUCCACCGAAACGCUUCUCCACACGCUCACGAACCAGUGGUCGGGGGUCAACUUGGUGCCGCGCACCAGCGACGAUAUCUGGGUGGUGAUCGGGAUCUCACACUAUAUGAGCCUCCAGUACAUCCGCCAGCUCAUGGGCCAGAACGAGUACAAGUUCCGGGUCAAGCGGCAGGCGGACCAGAUCUGUGAGGAGGACGUGGGGAAACGGCCGCUUGCGGACCAGUUCUGGAGCUAUCCCUUGAGCGACAAAGACUUUGGUUUCCUCAAGCUUAAGGCGCCGAUUGUGUUGUUCAUCCUCGACAAACGGAUGACCAAGACGGACAAAUCGUUCGGGCUCUCGCGCGCGUUGCCCAAAUUGUUUCUCCAGGCGAUGCUGGGCGACCUCCCCAACGGCUCGCUCUCGACUGCACAUUUCCAGCACAUUUGUGAGAAGGUUGCACACCACAAGAUGGAGGCGUUCUUCCGCCAGUGGGUGUAUCGUGCGGGGGUCCCUGUAUUCCAGGUGUCGCAGAAGUUUAAUAAAAAGCGGAUGUUCAUCGAGAUGACGAUCAAGCAGGUGCAGGCGAUGGACGCGACGGAGGGACAUAGCCACUUUGCAACGUUUUUGCGCGACGCCGUCGCGCACAUCGAAGACGAGCACGUAUACCCGGUACAGCCGGUCUUCACGGGGCCGAUGACGAUCCGGAUCCACGAGGCGGAUGGGACGCCAUAUGAGCACAUUGUGGACUUGAAGGAGGGCACGACCAAGUUGGACAUCCAGUAUAACACCAAGUACCGGCGGACCAAGAAGCUGCACAAGGAGUUGUCGCGCGACGCGCGCGUAAAGGCGGCCGCACGCGAAGACACGCGUGGUGAGGCGCGUGACCCGGACGCUGCGCUCUUUGAUGAACACGGCAAUGUGAUCCACCGCUUAGGUGACGUGCUCCUGCUGCCCGCAGAGUGCCGUGAAUGGGGCCUUGUGGAGUGGCCCAAGGAGGAAGAGGAGCGCAUGGCUAACGAAGCGUUCGAGUGGAUUCGCGUGGAUGCUGACUUUGAGUGGAUCUGCAAAACCGCGGUCGCACAGCCGGAGUACAUGUUCGCGUCGCAGCUCCAGCAGGACCGCGACGUGGAGGCGCAAUUCGACGCGCUCCGGUUUUUCCGUGAGCGCAAGCCCAGUACGUUAUUCGCGACGCUUCUCACGCGCACGGUAAUGGAUACACGCUACUACUACGCGAUCCGCACAGAAGCCGCGCGCACACUUGCGGGCUAUGCAAAGGAAGAGAACGGCUAUCUCGGGCUCCGGUUUCUCCUCCACAUCUUCCGGGCGCGCUUCUGUUUUCGAGACAGCGACAUUCCCAUGACCAAUGACUUUACAGAUUUUUCCGACUUUUGGUUGAAGAAACAGGUUCCGGGCUACCUUGCGCUGAUCAAGGACAACCAGGGCAACUGUCCCAACGAGGUCAAGUGUUUCCUUCUCUCGUUGCUUCGCUAUAACGACAACAUCAGUAAUCCGUUCAACGACUGCUUCUACGUUGCGGACUUGAUCCGCGCACUCGCGACAUCUAUUGCGAACCCGUACCACGCGCGUGCAGCUGAUGCGUGCGAUGACCACUUCGCCGAGAUUCUCGCUGAAAUCAACCGCAUGCGCGAGCUCGAUAUCCUCCUCCCGUCCUACCAGAAGAUUAUCUCGCUUACCGCCCUCACCGAGAAGCUCAAGCUCGCGCGCCACGGCCACAUCAAGCUCCCGUUCGCAGAGCUACUCCACUUCACCCAGCCCACGUUCGAUGAUGCUAUCCGCCUCGUCGCGUUUGAGGCGCUUUUGUCGCUUGGCGCGUUGAAGAACGCCGCGGUUCUCCGCUACUUCUUUGUCACGGCCUUCGGUGAGGCCGCAUCGCCGUACUUUCGCGCACGUCUCGUCGACGCGUUUGUGACGUCUAUUGGCAUGGCCGCGGUCCAUGGUACCCCCCUGAUGCUUGACGACCCUGAGUUCCACGCGCCCGCAGCCCGGGACCCGGACAAGGAUUCCAAUGUGGGCAGCUUGAUCGUGGUUGAGGAUGGCGCGCAGGCCGAGUUGAGUGCGCGCCGUGACGCACACGCGCGCGCUACGCUCGACGGGUCGAUUGAGAUUCUUCGCCGUGACUACGCACGCGGCCGGGGUCUCCGCAAGUUUUUGUGGAAGUGCUUGCAUACCACGAUGCUUUCUCUUCGAGAGAAGCGCGACUUGUUUGGCGUAUGCCAGGUGUUGUACAGGUCCGUAGACUCGUUUACGAUCAGCUUGGGCAUUCCGAACGUUGAAGCGAAGGAUUUGAUGAAGAAAAUCGUGGCGAAGGACUUGGGCGGGGGGAAGGUGGUGGUGCGCCGCGAGGGGCGGUUCAAGAUCCAGUUAUUUACCAAGUUGGUGAAGCCGAAAGAGAAGCUUGUGUUAAGUUUGGGCAAGGGUGAGACAAAUCCGGGGGCUGAGAAACUGGCAAUCACCGAAGCGAUCCCGGCCCUGUCGGUUACUCCACUGUCAGCCUUUGUACCCACAGACGCCAGCGCCACUCCCGAUGCCAAGUCUGAGCCUAAGAUCAAGUUCAAAUUGGGCGUCAAGAAGGCAGCCGAACCCGUGGUGUCUGAGAUGAAGGAGGAUUCUCCCGGAGUUGAAGAGCCCAAGUCGGAAACGGUUGAGCUCUCAGCCGUUAUAAAGUCACUGAGGGAGAAAAAGCCGGCCAGAGAGUCUAAAAGGACCAAGACGCAGAAAGUGGAGUUAGCUCUGGAAACCCCGAACGCCGAUGGGGCAUUUGAGCUGGCAACGCCGGUGAGGAUGUUGGAGCCAAAGGAGAGCCAUAAGGAGUCAGCUGAGAGGAAGGAGCCUGCCCUUGAGCUCGGACCGGCUGUACUAGCGACCAGUAAACUGGUUGAAUCGCCAAAGAAAGUACAGGAUUCCUCCAAAGCACUUGUCCCGCUUGUCCUGUUCAGCAAGAAGUUCCGCCGAUUUGACGUUGUGUUCAAGCUUCUGGCACAGAAGUUGGCGUCGGUUACUGAUAAACGUCCGAUGGUGCUGUCAGAAAUUCUCAGAUCUCUGCCAGGUGAGCUCCGCUAUGUAAAGCUCAGCCUCAGAGAAAAGAAGGUGACCGUCUCUACCGAGCUGUUUAGGCCAAAAACAGAACCAAAAACAGAGACCCGCGUGAGCGUGGUGACGUUGAAGACCCGAAAGCCAGAAAAGUGGGAGGUGGAUCCGUUGCCUGAGAAACCUUUGUCGCGUAAGGUUUCGCCCGAGGUUUCGCCUGAGGCCUUACCUCUUCCAAAGAAAAUCAAGCUUGGGUUCAAGAUCAAGGCUCCGGUUAUGGUAGACGGCGACAACGUUCUGGCGUUAUCCAAGGCCACCCCCACACCUUCACCGCCACCACCCUCGGGAUCUCCACCGCCGCCGCCGCCCUCCAACGGAACCAAACCACCCCCUGCUGGACCUCCACCUCCGCCACCGCCGCCAGGUGUUGCCCCACCGAAGUCAAAAUCGCCCACCAGCGGCUCAGAAAGCCCGGAGGGUGACACCUUUAGAACGAAGACCAAGAAGGCCAGUUUUCGGCCUUCAGUGGGGUACGAUGACGACAGACGUGGAUCUCGCUCGCCUACGCCGACUGGAAUGGACCAUCCGAGAGAGAAGAGAAAAGGUUUAUUGGAGCCACGGCGGGACGGGAAGACUGGUAGAUAG